CCAUUUUCAUUUUCCAUUUUGUGAUGGCAUCUUGUCCUCAUGCUCAUUGCGCACGCGUACUUGCAGCGAUACGGUUGCUUCUUUAAGAGCAUAAACAUAAUAUUUCAAAACAUGUUAUUGUGUCAUUACGAAGUAUAAAAUUAAUAAUUUUUAUUGAUAUAUACGUUAUAGGUAUAAUUUAAUUUAAUUCUAAAGUGUGAUAAUCAAAAUGAGUGCCAAAAAAGUUUGCGAAACAAAAAUUUUCGAGGACGAGAACACGGACUCUGGAUUUUUAUCUGGACCGUUGAGUGAACAGCUGUUAUCGUCGGAUGAUUUGGAUACAAGAGAAGAUCGUUUAGAUAGUGAUAAUGAGAAAAAAGUGAUCAGUGAAUGUACAGAGCUCGACAGUGGUGUGGACUUGUGUUUGUCAGAGUGUCUGUCAAAUGUUAAACUCAGUGAUCUUCCGCCCACUACCCAGGGCCCCUUAAUAGUUAUCGAAAGCGAAAGAACCCAGGAUAUCCCACCACUCGCCAUAUUAUUCCAACAGGAUGACGACGGCGAUACGCAACUGCACAUCGCUGCUGUUCACGGUUGCGAAAAGUCAGUCGGUACACUAAUAAGAGUGUGUCCAGACAAGGCAUGGCUGGACGUCCCCAACGACUACGGUCACACGCCGCUUCACCUCGCCGUUAUGAGCGGGCACGCCGUCGUCACCAGAAUGUUAGUCAGAGCCGGUGCCUCCUUGGCCAUGAGAGACGUUAGUGGAGAGACUCCCCUUCACAAAGCUGUCGCUGGAAAGAGACUAGAGUGCUUGAAAGCGCUACUAUCGGCAGUACCAGAACACCCACCAAGGAAGCUCUCGACGAUAUUGAAUCAGAAAAACUACAAAGGUCAGACGUGUGUGCAUCUCGCAGCCACGGCGGGACACAUCGAGUCGCUCCAAGUACUGGUCUAUUUUGGAGCCGACAUUAACGCCAGGGAAGGCCUGGCCGGCUGGACGGCGCUGCACGUGGCGGCGCGGCGCGGGGACGUGUCUCUCGCGAAGUUCCUGCUGCACCGCUGCGGCUGCGCGGCGGACGCGCGCGACUACGCGGGCCGCACGCCGCGACGCCUCGCGCGCUCCGCACGCGUCUGCGCGCUCUUCGCGCCCGACGACGACGAAGACGACAGCGACGACGAUAUGUAUGACAGUGACAGCGACAGCGACAGUCUGUUCGAGAAACUGCGACAGAACGUCAACCCCAUUAACGUCGCCUGAUAAGACGCGACAUACAACUGCGAUGUCUCCCACAACUGAGAAUAUUAAUCGCGAAAAUAUUGCAACAUUCAAUUCAUCGUUCAGUACGAAUAUUUUAUCUUUGCCGCUCUGAAGUGUGGUAUUUGGGCCGUAUAUUGGGCAGGUAAUUCCGCAAAUACUUAUCAGUAAUGAGAUCAAUAUCGGAUACUGCGACGCCACUUGCUUCUGCUUCAGAGCGGCAAAGUUAAAAUGAUUGUUUCGUAUAUUUUAUCAUAUUUCAUGUUAUAGCGAGGAAUUAUAAACUCUAUUACAGUAUCUAUGUUAUUCAAAUGUAAAACUGUAUUAGAAUAAUCUUGAAACCCACUUCAUAUUAUAUAAAAUAAGUUUAAAUUAAAAAAAAAAAAAAAUUGUGAAAAAUAAAUAAUAUAUAAAAGAGAUUCAAUGACACGCAUUGUUAUUGUAUCCUUUACCCAUAUACAGAUCAUAUUGAAUUAAUUAUAUAUUCUCCGCGAAUUCCUCGUCCAUACAAUGAUAUAUUAAUAAUUUCCAUUAAAUCAUUGUUUAAGUACAUAUUAUAUAAUAAUAUGCGGUUAACUGUACGAUAGAAUUCCUUUAAUAUAUCAUUAAGUUAUUAUUCGCAUCUGUUACUGUUAUUUUUAACCAUUUCUUUAUUCUUCAAUUGUUUUGUAUUUUAUUAUUUUAUUCGAUUUCAUCAAAAUGCACAUAGGAUUAAAAAAUAUUUCUCAUGCUUAAUGCGAACUUAAAAAAAAAUAAAGUUGCUAGAUACUUCUAAUGAAUUUUUUUUUAUCUAUGUAAUAUUCAUACAUGGCUGUAUAGUGGGUAUACUUGUACUUGCCGUUUAGAAAGUUGUUUUAAAAAAAAGAAAUGGCGCCUUAAUCUACGCAACUAUUUCAUAUCUUUGAUGGAUGGAUAUAAAAUGUAAUGUUCAUAAUUCUAUAUAUUAAUGUCAAAUUGUUUAUGGUAAAGUAACUUUGUUUCUAAAUUACUUCGAAUAUUGAAUGUUAUAAGUAAAUUACUAAGUUACUCCUCUCUAAACAUUGUUUGUCAAAGUUAGGGACUUAAUUUGUCGAUUGUCAUGUAUUUGAUAUUGAAGUGGGUUGAAAGUGACAUGACGAAGCCUUUUAAGCGCUUUAUUGUAAUGUUACAUAUCCAGGAUUCCAUUUCGUUACAACUUGUUAUAAAUGUAAACAAAAGUGAAACUAAAAACAUAUGACAAUUUUUUAUUUAUUAUUGUUUUGGCGGAAUAAUUUUUCCUCUCAUUUUGUGUAAGUUUUUUUUUUAUCAUUGUUUAUAGUUUGUAAUGAAAUGGAGCAUACGUAACAAUUCGGGAUGUCUUCCUACAGAUUAAAUAUUUAUAUUGUGUUACUAGUAAUACUAUGUUCUAUUAAAUAUAUGUGUUAUAUGUAUUUUAUUUAUUUAUAAUCUCGAUAAUAAAAUUGAGGAAGGCAUUGUAAAUUAGGCCAGUUAUAAAUGAUUUAUGUAUUGUACGGUCUUGCCCUAACUUUCGUGAGAAAACAGCGGUUAAGACCGAUUUUGUCAUCGCGCCGCACAGUUUUCAAUGAAGAAAACGUUUCACGCGAUUAGGUUACAGUAGACAAAUGUUUGUUAAGAAUCAGCUGGUUAUGUAUAAGUUUAGUCUGUAAUGUGCAAUUAUACAACUCGACCGCCGAAUGAAGUCUCGUCGGUGAUAAGCGCCAACACGGUCGGCGUACACGAUCGCGCGAUCCAACUCAAAUAGGCCUCUAGUUCGUACAUUGUAACAUAUUUGAACGUAUGUUCUACUAGUCGUUGUAUUUUAUUAAAUUAUAACUUGUUUGAAUAA